GAACAAAGAUGCUAUUUUCCAAGUUAAUAAAUAGGCUACUAAAUAGCCUACUUAUUUGCAGUAGGCUACUUUAAAUAGCCUACGGUUUUUUCUACAAACAUUACCCUUGGUGGAAUGUUAUGAUGUUUUUUCUAGUCAUCGUGAUAUUAGGCUACAUUUGGGCUAUUAACUUAAAAUGAAAUAACUGCAAGUAAGUUAGGCUAUACAAAGUAAAGUAAAAUACUCUCCACUGUUCUUCAUAAAGAACAUACUCUAUAGCUGUUCUUUAAACAGUCACCAACUUUUCUGUUUGCUGAAAUGCUUAGUAUUGUUAAGACGGUUAAAUACUUUAAAUAGCGCCCUGCUUGAGUCAGAUUUAUCAGUAAAAUAAUCACAGGGAUAUCAAAACACACUGAAAGCGAAAGCAAGUGUAAUUGUUUCGUUUCUGGUCAUCUCAGGGUUUCAUAAAUCUUAUUUAGUGCUUGUGCAUGCGCGUGGGUGGAGUUUCACCUUCUCCAUAUUCAGAAGUUGGGUGGCUGCUUGAAGCUCGCACUCUUUGCCGUAUAAAGAGAGGCUGUCGGUCUCUUUAAGACAAGACAAAUUAACGACUUGUACAAAUAAUUGGCUGCAUUGCUUCAUUUUUGACAUCACUAAAACAUUUAUGGUGUCCACUGACGCGCUACAUGCUUGAGACGAGGCCAGAGGACCAUGAUGGAGUACUUGAGCGACAAGUUCUCCUUGAAAAGUCAAGCAAUUAAAGGCAGCGAUUACUACAUGGACCAAGUCAUGGAGACUUUAGACAAUGUGCAGUACUACAAUAAGACAUCACCUAAAUGCGUCCAGGCCUUCUCGAUGCAGAGCAAUGAUCAACACACCACCAUGGACAGAUCGUCUCCGUGUGACAACCAAAACAGCGUGAAUUACUGCACUCCUAAAACUGAAGACAGCAGCCUGCACGCUAUGGAGAACUGCUGCAGCAUCAGAGUCUCACCGGCCACAGCCGGACCAGACAAGACAGACCUGGACGACAUCGGCGAAAAAUGCGACAGCAACGUGUCGAGCAGCAAGAAGAGACGCCAUCGCACGACCUUCACGAGCGCUCAACUAGAGGAACUAGAGAAAGUCUUCCAGAAAACCCAUUACCCAGAUGUGUAUGUGAGAGAACAGCUGGCCAUGAGAACAGAGCUCACGGAGGCCAGAGUUCAGGUAUGGUUCCAGAACAGAAGAGCCAAGUGGAGAAAACGAGAACGAUAUGGACAGAUCCAGCAGGCCAAAAGCCACUUUGCAGCAACCUAUGACAUAUCAAUGCUGCCACGGACAGACAGCUACUCACAGAUUUCCAACAACUUAUGGACAGGUCCCACUCCAGGCAGCUCUGUAGUCUCAUCCUGCAUGAUCCCACGCGGUUCCCCUCCCUGCGUGACUUCUCCCUAUCCCCACUCGCCGAGAGCCGGUGAGCACAGUUACGUGGGAUUCCCCAAUCACCAGCAAAAUCAGUUUGGAAUGUCUCUCAACAACUUCUUCGCCGAUUCACUUCUGGCUCCUUCACCGAACAGUCACGCUGCAUUUGAGACCAAACCUGAGUUUGAACGGCGGUCCUCUAGCAUUGCUGUGCUGCGGAUGAAGGCGAAGGAACAUGCAGCCAACAUAUCUUGGACCAUGUGAUCUCUGAACUUAUUCUAAUAGUGCUGAUAUCAACAGUUUUUACCUAUAACAGUACAGCCAGUUACUUUCAUGAAUUAGUUUUUAUUUUUAUUUUUUACUGGAACAACAAAGAUAUCAGCUGUAAUUAUAGACUGUUUCUGAUUCUGGAAAAGUUUUCUGUCCUUUCAAAAAUAAUUUAAUUAAGAAACCUCUUGAUUAAACAGUAGUUGUUCUUAUUUUGUCUUAGCAUCUCUUGUUGUUGUGAAUAUGAAGGGCACAGAACUCGACAGUAUUAUACUCUCAUGACUUUGACAGAGAUGUUAUGGUCGACAUAUUAACACUAUGUCUGUGUGCUUUGCAGCAAAGCUGUUUAAUGCUCUCUAGCUGUGGCUAGUACGCAGUGCCACAUGCAGAGUUGCAAUUUUUUAUUUUAUGGUAAUAAAAGUUCAUUAAAAUUACAGUUUACUGUAUGUGUUUCUAACUGUUUCACUCUCUUAGGUCCAUUGUUUUGAUAUAUUAUAAACAUUUAAUUUAUUCCUUUGAUAGCAAAGCAGAAUUUUGCAGCCAUUCAGCCUUAAGUGUCACAUGAUCUUACAGAAAUGAUUCUAAUAUGCUGAUAUGGUGUUAAAGAAGCAUUUCUUUUUUCAAUUAUUUUCAAUGGUUAAAACAGUUGAGCUGCUUAAUAGUUUUGUUGAUACUGUGACCACCCCCCCCACUUUAUUUAAUUAUUUAAAUAAAGUUAUGAUCUAAAAUCCAUAUACAUUUUUGAGUAAAUCGACAAAAUAAGCAGUGUUUAAAAAUAUUCUGAUUUAGUAUUGACUCCUCUGCUAACACUUACCUACAAA